CAGCCUCGCAGGCAGCUGUUUGUUUUGGAGUCUUCUCAAGACGGGGCAGGAUGGAAAGCUCUCCUCGUGUGCUGAGCCAUCGGGCCCCCCCCUGACCUUUCUCCCAGCCAAUGGCCCUCCUCCGUGGGCAGGCCUUGAGCCUGGAGACCGACAGACACACUUAGAUGACUUUACAGGAAAUUUCACAGUUGGCCAGUGUCCUCCGAGGACUUGGAGCAGUUCUGGAUGCUCCGCCUGCCAGUGCCGCAGAUAUGGCCAACAGGACCAAUGCCUCCGCCCUGUACUACAGCUUUGAAUACUACCUGGACUACCUGGACCUCAUCCCUGUGGAUGAGAAGAAGCUGAGAGCCAACAAACAUUCGAUUGUCAUCAUCUUCUGGGUGAGCCUGGCUGUUUUCGUGGUGCUUCUCUUCCUCGUCCUGCUCUACAUGUCCUGGUCAGGCUCCCCGCAGGUGAGGAACAACGUCCAGCACCACCCCGCAUGCCCCUGGAGUUUCUGCCUCGACCUCCCCCUGUGCAUCCGGAGGCACCUACUGCAUCACAGGACACCCCGGGGGACCCUGCAGGCUCCACCAAGCUCUGCCAAGGAACCAGGCAGCAUGGCAUCUGGCCCCAACCAGCAGCGGCAGCAGGGGAGCCCCUCUGCUGCACCCCCCGCCGCCCCCAGGCCCACCCUGCUCUCCUUUGGGAACUGGCCCUUGAUGGGGACCCCUGUGGCUGAUGUCGGCAACAAGACCAGUGAGCCUCCCUCUAGAGACGGAACCUCUUGACUGUAGAACUGACACCAGCAAACCAUGGCCGGCCACUGCCGUGAACUGGUCAACUCAAACCAACCUGGACACACAUGUGCCUUCUGCAAGUCUGUUUACAUGUAGCAGGAAGUACAACUAGGUCAAGAAUGACUCUACAAGGAGGCACGUUUGUAUGUAUAAACACGCAUUUAUCCAAGGCUUGCAACGGCCCAUCUAGCAUAGGGAAGUACCCCGAAACUCUGAGGAUUUUAUUUAGUGCACUCAACCUCCUUACUAUGUACAUUCGUUUUGGGAAGGGCCGAAAAAUAAAAUAUAUAUAAAUUAAGAUUAAAAAACACUCUUUACCACUUUUUAGUUCCAACUAUUACUGCCGUAACAUUUUAUUGACCUUGAGUUCACUUGGCUGAUCUGUACUUUUCGGGUGCUCUGGGAGGACCCGAGAAGUCCCCAUCCCCCACUGACGCCCACUAUUACCGAGAUGGAGCAGUGCGUGCCCUGCCAGGCCAGCUGACGGCGGUCAAGGGCCCUAAGCCACACUUCUGAUCGCCCAGAAGCCUUUCUAAGACAGAGCCCAGGGGACGUGUCUCUCCAGCAGGGAGCAGCCGAGCCUGGCGGGCGGGGCCGAAGCCCAAGGGAGAGAAUCUGCCUCCAAAUGUUGUCAGAGAGCAUAAGCUGGCGGGGACGGUCCCAUCCUGGAUGUGACUUUAUGUGACCUCUGACUUGAGGCUUUCAAAGGAUCUGGUCCUCUCGCACCCAGCAGCCUGCUGCCCGCAAGGAGAUGGCACCACACUUUGGAGCCCACAAAACCCACCAGGGCAGAGAAAACCAACCUCUCACCGUGAGGGCCGGGUCUAGGGGGCAUUGGGUUAGAAGGGAGGAAAGGGGGAGACUGAGCUCCAGAGAUGCAGAAAGGGGGCGAGAAGGGAAAGUGUGGCCUUUCCAACCUGACUCUACCUGUAGGUUUCCCGCUUCAGAGCAUUCUCAAAGAACACUGCUGUGGGUGUGCAGGUGGGGGGCAGGGAGGUGAAUGCCCCUCGCUUCCAGACAACGAGCCUCAUCUGUGGUAGUGAGAUUAGAUGCAGAUAAGCAUUACUCUUGUCUUGGUUUAAAAUCUUGUUAUUUAAAAAACCAGAAAAGAACUUAAAGAACACGAGAGGUAUACAAAAGUGUAAUGCUGAAGCCGAAAUCAAGCCAUUCUAUUAUAUUCUUAGUAUAAACCAAGUUAUGUAUAUCAUACGGAUAAAUAAACAGCCACCUCCCAGGUGGCAGACGGGAAAUGCCACUGAGCCAACAUGUGAUGAUGGCCAAGUAGACCCCGGGAGUCAUGGUGUGUG